GGGCAGGUGAUGUACCACGUCUGCAUUCCACUCAUCACUCUCACUCUGAAAACGACUCUUUCCUCAUUACCCCUGACCCAGUCCUCAGAAAGCACUCUCAGGAAACAUAUUACACUGCCAUGAGCAACCUCGAGAAAAGUCUCUUCCAGCUCAAAGUACGUUCCAUGCUCGACAACACUACACCUUGAGAUGAAAUCAAAUAGAAAAGCGAGGAGGAAAAACAAGCGACACAGGGAUAUAAGAUGGAGAAUUGAAUUUACAACAAAGCAGCUGCAGCGCCAAGCGAAAAAAUGUGCCAAAGAUGAAGGACUGGAGAAGGCCAAGCUGAAGAAGGCGAUCCAACAGGGUAACAUGGAAGGCGCUAGGGUCUACGCCGCCAAUGCGAUCCGGAAAAAGAACGAGUCCCUCAACUUGCUCCGACUUUCGUCCAGGAUCGACGGUGUUGCGAGUAGAGUCCAGACUGCGGUCACUAUGCGAAAUGUCACUAUGUCGAUGGCAAGUGUUGUCAAAGGAAUGGAUAAGGCCAUGGAGUCCAUGAAUCUUGAGAAGAUCUCUCUGGUGAUGGAUAAAUUUGAAAGUCAAUUCGAGGAUCUGGAUGUGCAGACCCAGUAUAUGGAGAAUACAAUGGGCAACCAAUCUGCAUUGACAACACCGCAGGAUGAGGUCGACACGUUGAUGCAACGGGUCGCAGAUGAACAUGGAUUGGAACUAAAUUAUUCGCUGAAGGAGACCCCCGAUACCCUCUUGAGUCAAUCCAACAAAGAAACUGAGAACAAGGAGCAGGACGAACUCACAGAGCGGCUCAGGGCACUGCGGGGCUAAACUCCACGGACAUCAAGGAAAAUGAGUGCGGUUGCGCGGCAUCAAUAUUUGGGCGAUGGAGAGGAAUACGACAGAAUUGAC